AUGGACAUAGACUUGGCAUUAAGAAUGCCAAAACCGAAUGAUCUCACUGAACAAAGUACUCCUGAGGAAAUUGUGUACUUUGAAAAGUGGGAUCGUUCUAACAGGCUAAGUCUUAUGAUAAUGAAGCGUGGGAUUCCAGAAGUCUUUCGGGAUGCAAUAACAGAGGAUGUUACCAUUGCCGGUGAAUUUCUUUCAGAAAUUCAAAAGCGUUUUGCUAAAAAUGAUAAGGCUGAAACAAGUAUGCUUUUAGCAAGCUUGAUUUCAAUGAAGUAUAAAGGCAAGGGUAAUGUUCGCGAGUACAUCAUGGAGAUGUCUCAUCUUGCUUCAAAACUUAAGGCACUAAAGCUCGACCUAUCUGAUGAUUUGCUCGUGCAUCUAGUUCUCAUCUCUCUUCCUGCACAAUUUAACCAAUUUAAGGUCAGUUAUAACUGCCAGAAGGAGAAAUGGACUCUUAAUGAGCUCAUUUCAUUUUGUGUGCAAGAGGAAGAGAGAUUGAAGCAAGAAAGGACUGAAAGUGCUCAUCUGGCAAGCACCUUCAAGCAUACGGGCAAAAGAAAGCAUAAUGGAAAGGAAGUUGCUGCUUCUAAGGGUCCGGAACCAAAGAAACAGAAAGUGCAGGAUGCUUGUUUCUUUUGUGGCAAGCCCAGACACAGAAAGAAGGAUUGUGCCAAAUACGUCGCCUGGCGUGUAAAGAAAGGUACAUUUUAUGUUUUGGGUUGCCUGAACUACCGCAAGCCAACUGAUGCUGAAAGAUACAUCUUUGUGGGUGAUGACACUUUUGUUGUACCGUCCUUUAGACGGAAUUUAAUUUCUGUUUCUGUAUUGGACAAAUUGGGAUAUUGUUGUUCUUUUGGAAAUAUGAAGUUUAGUAUGUCUAUUAAUUCAAAUGUUGUUGGUACUGGUUUACUUAAUGUGUUUGAUAAUCUAUAUUUGCUAGAAACUAUUGCAUCUUAUAAUGAAACCUUGCACGUGGAAUCACGAGGUACAAAGCGUAAAUUAACUAAGGAAAAUUCAGCCUCAUUAUGGCACAAACGCCUAGGUCACAUCUCUAAAUCUAGAGUUGAACGCCUUGUGUCUGAUGGAAUUUUGGACUCUCUUGAUUUUUCAGAAUUUGAUGUCUGUAUUGAGUGUAUCAAGGGAAAACAGACCAAAAUGAAGAAAUAUGGUGCUCAUAGGACUACAGAUGUCUUAGAAUUAAUUCAUGCGGACAUCUGUGGGCCAUUCCCUAUGGCGUCUUGGAAUGGUCAACAAUAUUUUAUCACAUUCAUAGACGACUAUUCCAGAUAUGGGUAUCUAUUUCUUAUCCAUGAGAAAUCACAGUCUUUGGACGUAUUCAAAAAAUUUAAGGCUGAAGUUGAGUUACAACUCAAUAAACGGAUAAAAAGUGUCAGGUCUGACCAUGGUGGUGAAUACUAUGGCAGAUAUGAUGGAUCAGGUGAACAACGUCCAGGACCGUUUGCAAAAUACCUGGAGGAAUGUGGAAUCGUCCCAUAA